CAGGCUCAUCCUUCAAGACCAAUCAUCCUGGAUUGACUCCCUCCCUCCCUCCCUUUCUCUCUCUCGCUCUCGUGGACGGUGUAACCUGGCUUGAAUCAUCUCUCUCUCUCUCAACAAUGGAAGGGGCUCUUUUUCCCAACAGGCCACCAUUCCCCACCCAUCCAACAAAACCAACACAAUCAAACCAAAGCGUGAAAUUCCCAAAAACUCUACCCCUCCCUCCUCAACCCCCAUCUCCUCCCUCAUUCCCUCUGGAUUCUCUCCUCCACCACCUCCACCACCUCUCCUCGCCAAUUCUCUCCGCCACCACUCACGUGCCCAAACAUAUAAAAUCAGCCAAAACCAGCAACCCCCAUUUGGCUUCUCUUCACAGCUUUUCAGCAGAGCAAGAAUCACAACAAACCCAACUCAACAAAGUUAAUUUGGUUUCAAUCUCAACACUUGAAACUAACAAAGUAGAUGUUUUUCGAUCAGCUGGUGAAAAUGGGUCGCCUGGUUUUCUUCCCAUGAAUUGUAAGCUCAUGAUCAAUUCAAUUGUUGAACGACCUAUAUCUAGUUUGAAUGCUUACUUUGAUUCAAUUAAGUUUGAGCUACGUCAAGUUGAUUUGAUCAGUUUGUUGAAAGGUUUAGAUAUUUAUGGUAACUGGGAAAAAGCCCUUUUUCUGUUUGAAUGGUUUGUCUUGGACUCCAAUACCCAGAAUGAAAAAAUAGACGAUCAAGUUAUCGAAUUAAUGGUUAGAUUUCUAGGAAGAGAGUCACAGUACUCUACUAUGUCGAACCUGUUUGAUGUAAUUCCCAUUGAGGACUACUUGCUUGAUCUUAGAGCUUGUACAACUAUUUUGCAUGCAUAUUCUCGUACUGGGAAGUAUGAGAGAGCAAUCUCUCUGUUUGAACAUAUGAAGGAGAAGGGGCUUUCUCCGGAUUUAGUCACUUAUAAUGUCAUGUUAGAUGUUUAUGGGAAAUUGGGCAGGUCUUGGAACAAAAUUUUGGGCCUUUUGGAUGAGAUGAAGAGCAAAGGGCUUGAAUUUGAUGAGUUUACCUGCAGCACUGUGAUAUCUGCUUGUGGGAGAGAGGGUUUGUUAGAGGAAGCAAAAAAGUUCUUUGAUGGGCUGAAAACACAGGGCUAUGUAGCGGGAACGGUUACUUAUAAUGCUUUACUUCAAGUGUUUGGGAAGACCGGGAUAUACUCAGAGGCUUUAUGUGUUCUGAAAGAAAUGGAGGAAAACAAUUGCCCACCUGACUCAGUUACUUAUAAUGAGCUUGUGGCAGCAUAUGUGAGAGCGGGAUUCCAUGAAGAAGGAGCUGCAGUUAUAAACACAAUGGCCCGUAAAGGUAUCAUGCCCAACGCUGUUACAUAUACUACUGUGAUAGAUGCCUAUGGGAAAGCUGGAAAGGAAGACAAGGCUUUAAGUCUGUUCAAACAAAUGAAGGAAUUGGGUUGUGUCCCUAAUGUGUGUACAUAUAAUGCAAUCCUUGGGAUGCUAGGGAAGAAGUCUCGGUCAGUAGAGAUGAUGGAAAUUCUUUGUGAUAUGAAGUUAAAUGGAUGUGCCCCAAAUCGUAUCACUUGGAACACAAUGCUUGUCAUGUGUGGCAAUAUAGGUAUGCACAAAUAUGUGAACAGGGUUUUCCAUGGGAUGAAGAGUUGUGGUUUUGAGCCCGACAGAGAUACAUUUAAUACUUUGAUAAGCGUAUACGGUAGGUGUGGAUUAGGAAUUGAUGCGGCCAAAAUACAUGAUGAGAUGAUUAAAGCAGGGUUCACUCCAUGUGUUAGUACUUACAAUGCACUUCUAAAUGCUCUGGCUCGUCGAGGGGAUUGGAAAGCAGCCGAAUCAAUCAUUCUAAACAUGAAGAGUAAGGGCUUCAAGCCCAGUGAAACCUCUUACUCAUUGAUGCUCCAUUGUUAUUCAAAAGGAGGAAACGUGAGGGGCAUAGAGCGGAUUGCAAAACAAAUUUAUGAUGGUGACGUCUUUCCUAGUUGGAUGCUUUUGAGAGCCCUUGUUCUUGCAAAUUUCAAAUGUAGAUCACUAAUGGGCAUGGAUAGAGCAUUUCAGGAAUUGCAAAAGAAUGGGUACAAACCUGAUUUGGUUCUAUUCAAUUCCAUGCUCUCAAUUUUUGCAAGGAACAAGAUGUAUGACCGUGCUCAUGAUAUGAUGCGCAUGAUUCGUGAGAGUGGAUUGCAGCCAGAUCUGGUCACCUACAAUAGCUUGAUGGACAUGUACGCCAGAAUGGGUGAGAGUUGGAAAGCAGAAGAAGUUCUCAAGAGACUGCAAAAAACCGGUGUGAAACCAGAUCUUGUGUCAUACAACACUGUCAUCAAAGCCUUCUGCCGGCAAGGUCUGAUGCAGGAGGCCAACAGAAUUCUCUCAGAGAUGACAACUAAAGGGAUUCGACCAUGCAUUGUUACCUACAAUACAUUCGUGGCUGGCUACGCUGCAAAGGGAUUGUUCCCAGAAGUAAAAGAUGUGAUCAGCUACAUGAUUCAGCACAACUGCAUGCCUAAUGAGUUAACCUACAAGACGGUUGUGGAUGGUUAUUGUAGAGCACGGUUGUACAAAGAAGCCUUAGAUUUCGUGUCAGAAAUUAGAGAAACGGACGAGUCCUUUGAUGAGGGAGCUCUCCAAAGACUCGCAACUCGCAUAAGUGAGAAAGUAGAGUCAUGACUUCAUGACUUACCUCUAUUGGACUCAUUUCUUUGUUGCUUGGCAUUCUGGGGCUGAUUUGUUAUGACUUUUGCAAUAUACCUUUGGUGAGUCUACUCAUUCAAAUUCUUUAGAUAUGAAUGCUGAUAUCACAUAAUUCUAGAUGCGUUUGGCCACUUUGGAAAUUUGAUCCAGCUGAAAUUGAUUGGGAGGAAAACUGUGGAUUCUGUAGACUAACAUGACAGGGCUUAAUGAAGUUGCAUGACUUAUUCUGAGAUUCACCAUUGAAAAUUCCUUAUCAAGGUUCUCUCUGAGGUACAAAGAUUUUGUUACAAGGCUUGAGGGGGCUACCUUAGUAGAGGUUCUUUUGGGACAGGUGCAUGCAGUGGGCAAAAAUGAAGAUUACACCAUAUCAGUAGUAAAGGCUGACUGGCCAUAUCAGUAGCAGCCUUUACCGUUGAAAUCUUGGUGAAUUCUACGUUUUACUCCUGGGAACUAUGGAUAGGCUGCGGUAAAUAUUCAGGGAGUUGAGCCAUGUGUAACAUGUUGAAAACUCAUAUCCAAGGGUAACUUUUUAAGUUGUAUUUGUGUACUUUUUUUUUCCUCUGGAAAUGCCCAUCCAUAUAGGCUACUGGCUACAAAGGUUACGUGUUUCAGCUGGUUGAUAUACCUCAUCUACUCCUUCAAAGGUUAGACCUUUUUUGAGGUGGUAUGUGGAUUUGGGUAUGUUGGCGUUCUCGACUCUUCUACCUUCUAUGAAGCUCUGUUGAACAAUUUGUAUUGAUAUUGGGUGAGUAGUUAUAUAUGAAUGAAGAUUUUUUGUUUGUUAAUUAAAAAAAAAACAAGGCUACAAAGGAGG